AAUAAAAAAAGGUAAGAAGCGAGUAUCACGCCCCAGCAAAUAGGUUCCCUCCCUCCUUUCUCUACGGUGUUUUCGUAGGUCGAGCGAUCAGCCUUCUUCAACGUCAAUUCUGAGCUCUUUCUCCUCAAUUCCCACUCACAAUGAAAAAGUGAAAGGAGAAAUAUGCAAAAGUGAGUAUCGUGGAAUUUUUGGAACGAUGGUUAAACUUGAAACUCUGAUAGAUAGAACCAGAAGCAGUUUAUGCAUGACUUCCAUCUCUGUCAGAUAUGGCAUUAACCUAUUUUUCUACAAAGAGACUUGCCCUGCAGUUAAGAACAUUCUGCUUCUAGAUUCCGAAGGAAAGCGUGUUGCUGUAAAGUACUACUCGGAUGAUUGGCCAACAAAUGUUGCAAGGGAAGCUUUUGAGAAGGCUGUGUUUGCCAAGACACAAAAGACUAAUGCCAGGGCAGAAGCGGAGAUAACAAUGUUUGAUAAUUAUAUUGUUGUUUACAAGUUUUCCCAAGAUCUUCAUUUCUUUGUUACUGGGAGUGACAAUGAAAAUGAAAUAAUCCUUGCCAGUGUGCUCCAGGGAUUCUCUGAUGCUGUUGGUAUUCUUCUUAGGGGCAACGUAGAGAAGAAGGAGGCACUUGAAAAUUUGGACCUUAUUCUUUUGUGUCUUGAUGAAAUUGUUGACGGCGGAAUUGUUCUUGAAACGGAUGCAAAUGUUAUUGCCGGGAAAGUGGCAAGCAAUAGCGCGGAUUCUGGGGCACCUUUGUCAGAGCAGACAAUAAGUCAAGCAUUGGCAACUGCACGAGAGCAUUUAGCAAGAUCUCUUCUCAAAUGAUUUGUUGGGUCAACAAAAAAAGAGAAACCAAGGCCUCACGAGUAUUGAUUUCCUCCUGAAUGAACUAAUUGAUGAGCAUCAAGUUGCAUUGUUUUAGCUCUUAUAGUUCUAACUUAUGCCCAGUCUCUUGUUUCUACAUGUUUGGACUUAGUUGAACACGUUAAGAUAUAAUGCAAACUUGAUUCUUGUGUAGAGAGGGGGGAAGAACUCAGUUGCAAUAUGGAUUGUGGCCUCACAUAGUGUCUUUUCCUGAUUUCCUUU